AUGAAUAUGCCAACGACAGGAAUUUCAAAGUUUUUGGAUAAAUUAAUACGACCGAUAUUUGAUAAACAUGCGCGUUCAACCACAAUUAUUGAUGGAGUUGAUUUGAUUCACCGUUUAGAAGCAUAUACAACAAAUGGGUAUCUAAAACCAAAAACUUAUUUAUGCACGUUUGAUAUCACAGAUUUAUAUACGAUGUUACCACAAAAAGAAUCACUUCAUAUUCUAAUUGAAUUUCUCCUUCAACAUGGUUAUCAAAAAUUUCAAAAUAUUCCAAUCGAUAUUAUUCGAAAAUAUGUGGAUGAUACUUUCUUGAUGUCGAACGACUCACUACAAUCUAUCGACCAAAUGUUAGAUGAAGCUAAUGACUUGCAUCCUAACAUUAAACUAGUGCGAAAAAUUGGUAGAGGUGUUCCAUUUCUUGAUGUAAUCAUUGAGAACAGAAAGGGCACUUUAACAACUUCAGUGUAUCAUAAAGAAGCAGCUGAACCGUAUGGCGUACCAUUUGGAUCAGGUCACCUUGGUCAUGUUUUCCGAAACACUGUUGACACUGCUAUUACGAGAGCAGUUAGUUAUUCAACAACCUUAUCUCAAUUCGAAGAAGAAAUACGACAGAUGAAACUCAUGUUUCUCUAUAACGGGUACUCGCCAAGACAUAUCCAUCGGCGGCUCACUACAUUAUUCAGUAAAUAUUUAUCCAACUAUUUCAUUUUGCCUAUGUUCAAUAACUCUGAUGACUUCGAUUAUUUACGUCAUCAGUUAUUGACAGCAUCAACAGCUACAAUAUACGAUAAAGUAACCAGAACCUCAACUACCAAUCAAACUCAUGACAAAAACAUACAAAAUCAUAUUCAACAACCUACAAACAACAACGAAUUAAUAAGAAGAAAACGUCUCAUCAUUCAUCGAAGACAUGAAAAAGACUUGCGAAUAAUCAUCGAUAUAUUCAUGAAUUAUGGGGCCAAACUUUCCAUCAAACAGAGAUCAUGA